CAGACUAUUUAUAUUACAUAAUAAUUAUUCACUUAGUUAAAGUUAAGAGAAGGAGAAUUUAGUUCGAGGAGAGUCCGAGAGAGAGGUUCGAGCAAGCCAGUGAUUGGGCAGCCGCCACCGACAAAGCAUGUUCCGGAGAAGGGGGAAAAGAAGAGAUGGUGAAUUAUUAUGUAGUCUGUUGAAGUAACUAAUUACUCUGCAUCUUCGAUUUUACAGGUGUGCCUGGAAAGAGAUGUUUUGAAAGAGUUUAAAGUGGGUGCAUUAACGAUGUCAGAUGGGAGAAUGUAUGUACUAUUGUGAGUACUGUGGCAAGGCUUGGCCAGGUAGCAGGUCACCAUGGAAACAGCAUCCUGAUCACCAAGACAACCCAAUAGAUUUCACAGGAAUUAAAAUAAUCCAGAAUUUUGUCUCUGAAGAAGAAGAGAGAAGUAUAUGUGAGGAGAUAUAUAAAGUACCAUUUGCUGUAUCACAAUCAGGAAGAAGGAAACAGGAUUAUGGCCCAAAAGUGAAUUUUAAGAAGAAGAAGUUAAAAUGUGAUGUAUUUACUGGACUGCCAAACUUUAGUGAACCACUGUAUCAACGGAUGACGGAGGUGGCCGAGCUUGCAGACUUUACACCUGUAGAACUAUGUAACCUGGAGUACUCUCCCCUUAGAGGUUCUGCCAUUGAUCCACACUUUGAUGAUUUCUGGUUGUGGGGUGAGAGACUUGUGACCUUGAACUUGUUGUCAGACACUUUUCUGUACUUCAUCAAGGAUGGUGAGGAUGUGGAGGUCAAAGUGCCACUCCAUCAGAGGUCAUUGAUAGUGGUGUACGGACCAGCGCGACACUCCUGGAAACAUGGCAUCCACAGGGAGGAUAUCACUGGUGAUAGAAUUGCCAUUACACUAAGGGAACUGUCCAAGGAGUUCCAAAGGGAUGAUAAACUAAUAGCAGUUGGGCAAAAACUUAAAGACAUUGCACUGACUUUUCAGGGUCAGAUGGUUGGUUCCUAACAAAUCUAAAUGGUCUCUACUAUUAUAAGCAUUAUUAUUGCGAUAUUACAAAGAUAUAUUUGUGCUUUGGAUGUGGGUGUAUGACCUGCUUUCUGAGUAAAUUAUAAAAGA